AUGAUUCCACUACUCAAGCCAUUCUUGUUCAUUUAUCAAUUGUUUGACCGCAUCAUCCGGUCCGGUCUUAACGAGAGGUCAAUCAUCGGACUCAUACUCAACUUUUGGACCAAUUUUGGUCCAGUGUUCAUCUGGCUCCUCAUCUUCAAAAACGCUGGAUUGAUACCACAUUCAAUUCGUCCUCCGAUACACGUCGCCUUGCCCUAUCAUGUUGAUACUUUUAUGUUUUCGACAUGGCUUGGUGGCCUCAUUUUCAUUCCAAUGUUUAUAACAAUCAGUUUGUUAAUGUACCUUGGAAUCUACAAACAAAAGGGAAAGAUACUAAGGGGUGAUGUAUUGAGGUAUCUACCAUUAAAAGGUGAGGUGAUCAAUGAGGAUUCAUCAGAGGGCUCUUCUUUCGAAAUGGAUUCACUUGAAAGGGGAAAUGAUUUGGAGCUUGGUGUGGUUAAAUCACCACCAUCUGGAACCAAUUUCCAAAACGAUAAUACUCAUAUUGGCAAGUUGACGUUUUUCAAUACACUAGAUGCCAGCGAAGUUAAUAACAUGGCAGUGUCUGUUAAUGAGAAAAUUGCCGAAAAACAACAACAAUAUGGCUAUAACUGGAAAAUCCCCCGCAACUGCUGGUAUAUAUCAGCACCAAUACUACUCUCCACUUGCUGGUUUAUCCUCAACAUUGACUACUGGCUUAGAGAGCCCAUUCGUACAUGGAAGGAUCUACUUGCAUGGACGUCAUAUGUGUUGGGCCACAUUACCGUGCCCAUAAUCACAGCUGUCUGGUUAUACGUUUUCCAUGCACCAGGGGUGCUUAAAUCAUAUGGAUGGGCACUUGGUUUGCAAAAUAUAUGUGGUGUCCUAACUCACUUGAUCUUCCCAUGUGCGCCUCCGUGGUUCAUCCACUUGUAUGGCGAAAAUGCACCAGCAAACUACGAUUUGCCAGGAUAUGCGGCUGGUUUAACGAGAGUAGAUGUUGCAUUAGGCACGCAUUUGAACAGUAAAGGUUUCCAUGCUUCACCAAUAGUGUUUGGAGCAGUGCCCAGUUUACAUUCGGCAAUGGCCGUCAUGACCUUUCUCUUUGUCUCAUAUUAUGCCCGUUGGACGGUAGUUAAAUUGUUCUCAUUUGCAUUUGUCGUUUUACAAUGGUGGGCAACGAUAUACUUGGACCAUCAUUGGCGUUUAGAUUUAUUGGUUGGCAUGGGAUAUGCCUUGGUUUGGUUUUCAAUAAUGUACAAGUGGCGGUUGGCAAAAGUUAAUGAGGCGUUUUUACAACUGAGGUUACUGUACAAUUUUGCUAGGGGAAGCACUAUGGGAAUGCGGGUAUUUCGAAACACGAAAUUACAGUGGUUCUUUGACCCACUUAGUUAA